UGUUAGUGUCUUCAGAUAGGAGUUAUUCCAAAGACUGGAGAAAGAUUGCUUGUUGGCGCUCAGUCUCGUCGGAGAAAGUUUGUGAGGGUUUGAUUGGGUUCUUAGCAGCCAUUUUCAGACUGCCCCAAUAGUACUCCCGACAAAUCCCUAACUGAGGGUCAGGGAGCUGUGGAAGGUAGCUAAAUCGAAGUGUGGAGAUUAAUGUCUCCUGAGGAGACCAGACUAUAAAAUAAUCUUAGUUCAGCAGGAGGACAGGUACAAUCGCAGAAUAAACAUCACAGCCAAAGGAACAAGACAGUUGAGUUAGGGCCUGUGAAAAUUGAACACAGUGUAUGCUAACUGCCUCCCACUUGCUUCCAGUUCGCUAAGAAUACUUUAGUCCCAAAAGCACUCUCUGUGAAAGAAGGGACUGGAAAAAGAUACUUGUACACCGAAUUUAUGGCAGCAUUAUUCACAAUAGCCAUAAGGUAGAAGCAGCCCAAGUGUCCAAGGAGGGAAUGAAUAAAUAAGCAAAAUGUGUUAUAUACUUAUAAUGAAUAUUAUUCAGCUUUAAGAAGUAAAGAAACUGACAUAUGCUGUAACAUAGAUGAACUUUGAGGAUAUCUUUCUAUGUGAAAUAAGCCAGUCACAAAAAAGAAAUUACUGUGUAAUUCUAUUAAUAGUAGUCAAAUUGAUAGAGACAGAAAGUAGAAUAGUAGUUGCUAGAGGGAGGAGGGGAAUGGAGAGUGGCUUUAAUGGGUAUAGAAUUUCAGGUUUGCAAGUUAAGUUUUCUGGACGUUGGUCAACAAUAUGAAUGAACUUACUGCUGAACAGGACACUUAAAAAACAGUUAAGAUGGCCUCGGAAGACCAUGGCUGCUGCUAAGGGAAUGGCCAUUGGCAUUGACCUGGGCACCACCUACUCCUGUGUGGGGGUGUUCCAGCACGGCAAGGUGGAGAUCAUUGCCAACGACCAGGGCAACCGCACCACCCCCAGCUACGUGGCCUUCACAGACACCGAGCGGCUCAUUGGGGAUGCCGCCAAGAACCAGGUAGCCAUGAAUCCCCAGAACACUGUCUUUGAUGCCAAACGUCUGAUUGGCAGGAAGUUUAAUGAUCCUGUAGUGCAAUCAGAUAUGAAACUUUGGCCUUUUCAAGUAAUCAAUGAAGCAGGCAAGCCCAAGGUAUUGGUGUCAUACAAAGGGGAGAAAAAAGCUUUCUAUCCUGAGGAAAUCUCUUCUAUGGUACUGACAAAGAUGAAGGAGACUGCUGAGGCUUUUUUAGGCCACCCCGUUACCAAUGCUGUGAUCACUGUACCAGCCUAUUUCAAUGAUUCUCAACGCCAGGCCACCAAGGAUGCAGGCGUGAUUGCGGGUCUCAAUGUGCUAAGAAUCAUCAAUGAACCCACAGCUGCUGCCAUUGCGUAUGGCUUAGAUAAAGCAGGUCAGGGAGAGCGACAUGUCUUGAUCUUUGAUCUAGGUGGAGGCACAUUUGAUGUGUCCAUCCUGACCAUAGAUGAUGGAAUUUUUGAAGUGAAGGCCACAGCUGGGGACACCCACCUGGGAGGGGAGGACUUUGACAACAGGCUGGUGAGCCACUUCGUGGAGGAGUUCAAGAGGAAGCACAAGAAGGACAUCAGCCAGAACAAGCGGGCCGUGAGGCGGCUGCGCACCGCCUGCGAGAGGGCCAAGAGGACCCUGUCGUCCAGCACCCAGGCCAACUUGGAAAUUGAUUCACUUUAUGAAGGCAUUGACUUCUACACGUCCAUCACCAGAGCCCGGUUUGAAGAGUUGUGUGCAGACCUGUUUAGAGGCACUCUGGAACCUGUGGAGAAGGCUCUUCGGGAUGCCAAGAUGGAUAAGGCUAAGAUCCAUGACAUUGUGUUAGUGGGGGGCUCCACUCGUAUCCCUAAGGUUCAGAGGCUGCUGCAGGACUACUUUAAUGGUCGUGAUCUCAACAAGAGCAUCAAUCCCGACGAGGCAGUGGCCUACGGGGCAGCGGUGCAAGCAGCCAUCCUGAUGGGGGACAAGUCUGAAAAGGUACAGGAUCUGCUUUUGUUGGAUGUGGCUCCCUUGUCCCUAGGGUUGGAAACGGCUGGGGGCGUCAUGACAGUCCUGAUCAAGCGCAACUCCACCAUCCCCACCAAGCAGACACAGAUCUUCACCACCUACUCGGAAAACCAGCCUGGCGUGCUGAUCCAGGUGUACGAGGGCGAGAGGGCCAUGACCCGAGACAACAACCUCCUGGGGCGCUUUGACCUGACUGGAAUCCCUCCUGCACCCAGGGGAGUGCCCCAGAUCGAGGUGACCUUCGACAUCGACGCCAACGGCAUCCUUAACGUCACGGCCACAGACAAGAGCACGGGCAAGGCCAAUAAGAUCACCAUCACCAACGACAAGGGCCGCCUGAGCAAGGAGGAGAUCGAGCGCAUGGUGCAGGAUGCUGAGAAGUACAAAGCUGAGGAUGAGGUCCAGAGAGAGAAAAUCUCUGCAAAAAAUGCUUUAGAAUCUUACGCUUUUAACAUGAAGAGUGCAGUGAGUGAUGAAGGCUUGAAGGGCAAGAUUAGUGAGUCUGAUAAAAAGAAAAUACUGGAUAAAUGUAAUGAGGUCCUUUUGUGGCUGGAGGCCAAUCAACUGGCUGAGAAAGAGGAGUUUGAUCAUAAGAGAAAGGAAUUGGAGCAGGUGUGUAACCCAAUCAUCACAAAACUCUACCAGGGAGGAUGCACUGGGCCUUCCUGUGGGACGGGGUAUACACCUGGAAGGGCUGCCACAGGCCCCACCAUUGAAGAAGUAGAUUAAUCUUAUCUGGAGCUGGAGGGUUCUAGGGUGCCUCUAAGGUGAAUUUUGUUCCCCUCAUCUUCAAAUUGACUGUCCUGAACCUAAGUUACCAUCCCUUUGGGUUCUGACAAAAGAGUCUUGUAUACCACCUUUUCACAAUCCAUGUUUCUGACUCAGGAAAACUAGGCCCCUCUGAACCAUUUGAUGAAUUCGAAUGUCAUUUAUUUCUGACCUCCCCAACUUUCUUCCUGUGUGGAUGGUUAAAUGUCACUCAGUAAAUUUCUUCC